GAACAACCCUUUAAAAGCUCAAGCUGUUGAACAGCCCAAAAUGUUCACUUCACUUUCUUUCUUCUUUACCAUGUUGCUAAUGCUGAAACAGCUCGCUGGAAACAAAACCAAACAGAAAAGAAGCUGAGAAACUGGUAACACGCUCACUUCAGUUCAGUUCACGACGGCACACUCACUUCUCUCUCCGUCGCGAUAACAGAAUCUAUUUGAUUCCCUUCACUUCAGAAAUUCUUUAAUGUUAUCAUUUCAUUCAAUUCAAUGUUCGUAACUAAUUAUUCUAUGUUGCUUCAACCCUAGAAAUCAAAUAUUCCCUAUAUUGUUUCAUCAUUUUCAUUUGAUUGGAUACUUUCAAUUCGAUUUUGUGACUUUUUUAUUCUCUCAGAAUUCUGUUUUGGUUAAGAGAAUGGCGUCGGCUUUGAUUUCUCGCGCUUGGCGGAGAUUUCUCAAGCCUAGUCUCCUUUCUUCUGGCUUCACCCCUUCAAUCUUCAACCCCUUGAUUUCCUCUCAACAGUGUGUAGACCGAUACCCCAGUCCUAAUGUUUCAGUCAGUCCAUUCAAGCCAUCCCAAUUUGUGAUUUAUAAUCUUGAAUUUUGUAGAAGUGUUGGGUCACUCUCAAAUUUCCAACUUGUUGUGCACAUCUCUACCUCGCCUUCGAGAUUAGGACAAGAUAAGGAAAACAAGAAUCAGAGUAGUAGCAAUGUGAGUAGUGGAGGGGACAUCUCUUGGGUUGACUUGUACUUGCCUAGGUUGGUUCAGCCCUAUGCUCGGCUUGCUCGCCUUGAUAAACCAAUUGGAACAUGGCUUCUACUAUGGCCUUGUGUGUGGUCAAUCACCUUGGCUGCACCCCCAGGGCAUCUUCCCGAUUUUAAAAUGUUGGCUCUGUUUGGAUGUGGGGCUUUUCUUUUGAGAGGUGCUGGGUGUACUAUUAAUGAUCUCAUUGAUCGGGAUAUUGAUACAAAGGUAGAGCGUACAAAGUUAAGACCUGUGGCAAGUGGUAUUUUGACACCAUUUCAAGGACUUUCUUUUCUUGGAUUUCAACUGCUUUUGGGUCUUGGUAUUCUUCUACAACUGAAUAAUUAUAGCCGUGUUUUGGGUGCCUCGUCGUUGUUGCUCGUCUUUUCAUAUCCCUUGAUGAAGAGGUUUACAUUUUGGCCUCAAGCUUUUCUUGGCCUGACCUUUAAUUGGGGGGCUCUGUUGGGAUGGGCAGCAAUUAAAGGAAAUCUGGAUUCAUCUAUUGUGCUGCCACUUUAUGCCUCCGGAGUUUGUUGGACUCUUGUGUAUGAUACUAUCUACGCGCAUCAGGAUAAAGAAGAUGACUUGAAAGUGGGAGUUAAAUCAACAGCUUUACGCUUCGGUGAUUCAACAAAGGAGUGGCUUACUGGGUUUGGGAUUGCAAGCCUUAGUGGUCUUGCUCUCAGUGGAUUUAAUGCUGAACUCGGGUGGCCAUAUUAUGCAUUUCUGGGAGUUGCAUCUGGACAUUUAGGCUGGCAAAUAUGGACAGUUGACCUUUCUUCUCGUUCUGAUUGCAAUAGGAAGUUUGUAUCAAAUAAGUGGUAUGGAGCUAUCAUAUUUGGUGGAAUCCUGGCUGGAAGACUUUCAUCAUAGGAUUACGCUAUCGGCUCACAUUAAUGAGUUAAAAGUAAAGAUUUUUUUGAUAGCACAUGAAACUGGACAUUGUAGCUCCAUAAUCUCAAGGUCGUGACCAAGAAAUUGAUGGCCAAGAAACUUUACUUUCACAGUUUGAAUUAUGGGAACAAGCGUGAGAUGCCAAGGUGCAGUAGUACCAUUUGAAGUUCCAAGUUUCGAGCUAAGUAGUGAUUGGUGUAGUCCACUCGUGUAUGUAUUGAUGGGGGACGGUGUUAGUCCGCUCAUGUUGGGAUGAGUGAAAGGGUGUCAUAUUUUUUAUAUGAUGACUUUCAUUGAUUGAUAAUAGGAAGUAGAUGGAUGGUAUUUAUCAUGAAAGAAAAAUCAGAAAAUUGAAAAACUUGAAACACAGCGUUGCAAAAACAAAUUGAAUACUGAAAUCGUAAUAAAGAUUUAUUUCUUUGCAUUGCCAGUA